CGUCCGCAGAGCUGGGGGCCCCGACGCCUGAGUCCCUCAGGGAAGCGGGGUGGAGAGCUCUUCGGAGGCAGGCGCCUGAUCCCUCAUUUCUCCGAGUGGGGAGAGGUUGGGCCUCGGGAACGAAGGCGCUUGGUGCGCGGGGUCAGGCCUUCCAUGCCCCCAGCCCGCUGCUGGGUCUCGGCUGCCCCGCCCACGGCCCUCCCCCGGCCGCGUCCCCCAGCCGGGUCUCCAGUUCCCUCUCUGGGUACUGCAAAGUGCACCUCCCCCCAGGCCCGGGAUCGAUCCUCAGGCAUAAAUUGACCCUAUUCCUUGCUCGGCGCUGCCCCAGACGCGUUUGUACGUGUAACUUAAAGUGUAAGAUCUGGUUUUCGUGCUCCAGGAGUUACUCGCAGUCCGUUGGGGAGAAUAGACCGAACCAGAGGAAUGGACUGUAUGGUUCAGGCAUGUUUUAAUACCCGAUCUAAAAUACCCGGACUGUUGGCGUUCAGAGGAGGGAGAGGUUUAGGCUGGCCUUUUUUUGGUAAAGGUCUGCAUGUCCUUUUAGGAGUAGCUUCAAAAGUCAUUUCCUUUGGGAAGCUUUCGAGGAUUGCCACCUCCAUACUGCCAUCUUUAAGCUUUUCAUCUUUUUUAGCUUAUUUAGCCGGUGCUUAUUCAGUAUCUAAUUCAUAAGCACUUACUACCUUGUUUUGUGUGUGCGUGUGUCUGUCUUCCAGGGCCCUCUCUAGGCGGGGACUCUGUUUUGCAUCACCUAAUGCAUGCACGUGAAUAUGAAUUUUAAAGGAUUGAAAGGGUUAGAAGGUACUAACUGAGGUGGGAAGCAUUUGUGUAAGUCAGAGGUUGAAAAUGAUGGCCCUUGGGCCAGAUUGGACUAUAGACACAUUUUCUUGGCUCAUGCUGUUUGUUUUUAUUUGAAUAAAUGGCCAACAUUUUCAAAUCAGGAGAUUUCUUUCACAUUCACUCACACAAAAAUCGAUACUUUCAGCAUCGCUUUAAAAAUCAGAAGAUGUGGCCAAUCGGGGCCCACAUGCCUGCGUGGUGCAAUUCGCAGGAGUUGAGUAGCAGCUCCCUUCUUUACAUUCAGCAUAAAAUUUCCAGAUCCUCAGUCCCCACUAAUCUCCAUUGUCUCUCUGACACUGAAACAAAGUAUCAGUUGUCAUUUAUCACCCAGUUUGCUUCGCUCCUGAUUAACUGCCUGGUCUCGCAGCCAUUCAAGUUCUUGAUUCCAAAUGUAGAUGGAGGAAAGCAGGAAGGCAGUCACACAGGAGAGUCAUGGGCAAAGGGACGGAAUGGGGAGACGCACAGUAGAUGGGAAAGUUAGGAUACCAGAGCAUAGAUUUGCUCUUAGGCAAAUCAUAGAGCAGUGCUAUUGUUAUGGGUUGAAUUGGGUCCCCCAGAAAAGGUAGGUUGAGGUCCUAACCCCCAGUACCUCAAAAUAUGAUCUUAUUUGGAAACAGGUUGUUGCAGAUGUAAUUAGUUCAGAUGAAGUCAUCCUGGAGUAGAAUGGGCCCCUAAUUCAAUAUGACGUGGGUCCUUCUAAGAAGAUGGCCAUAUGAAGACACAGGGAGAUUGUCAUGUGAAGAUGGAGGCAGAGAUUGGAGUGAGGCAUCCACAGAGCAAGGAACACAAGGAUUCCCAGCUGUCACCAGAAUCUAGGAGUGAGGCGUGGAACAGUUAUUCCUCAGAAGGGAUCCCGCACUUAUCCCGCAGAAGGAAGCAGCCCUGCCAACACUUUGAUUUCAGACUUCUAGCCUCCGGAACCGUGAGGGAAUAAGUUUUUGUGGUUUGAAGCCACCCAAUUUGUGGUGCUUUGUUACAACAGCCCUGGGAUACUAAUACGGCUCUGAAAGUCAAAAACAAGUUAUUAUUUCCUUUAAUAGGUGGUGGUAAACUUUUGAUCAUUGGUGUCAGCGAAAGCAGCGUUUUAGAAAAUGAUUUCGUAUGACAGUGUUAUCAGCAUGAUUUGGAGCCAGAAAGCAUGUUUACAGAUUUUACAGCAAUCUAGGCAUGAGAUUUUCCUUCUGGGUUCCUGACCCGCUGAUCCAUCGGCUUCCUGGACAUUUCCUCCUGGAUACUUCACGGGAAUUCAAGAUGCUACAGGAUGUGGCUGUGAAUGAACCACAGAAGGAUGCUGGGUGCCGGGUCUGCGCCCGGUGGAAUCUCUGCAAAGAAGAGAUGCGAGAGGAGACACAGCUGAUCUCACUGGAGAUGCAGAAACUGCAGCACAGAGAGCUCCAGUGACUUGUGGAAGGUCACACAGUCAAUGCUGAGACCAGGGAAUAAGAUGAAGGACUGGAAGUCAAAGAUGGCAAUUUCUGAAGAAAAAGAUUCAGCCAGGGCCGUAUCAGAAAGACUGCAAAGACAGAUGGGCCAGGAAUGUGGGUUAUUUGAAACUGGGGAUCCUGAGGACAUGUUAUUGAGGCAUUGGGCAAGCCCCUCAGAGGAGGCAGUGAGACAUCCUCCUUCCCAAGAGAGAAGUAUCAGGGAAGUGAAUCUCAUCCCCAAGACAGCCACUGCAGGAGAGAGAGGCCAUAGAUGUCAUGAAAGAGAAGACAUACUUUCUAUAGGAGACAAAUCCCACAGAUAUGAAGACUGUGACCAGAGCUUCAAAGAGAAGUCAGAAGUAAGUGAACAUCUGAAAACUGAUAAUAUAAAGAAAACCUAUGAGUGUAAAGAAUGUGGAAAAACUUUCAAUCGGAGCUCAAACCUGAUUAUACACCAGAGAAUUCAUACAGGAAAGAAACCAUAUGUAUGUAGUGAAUGUGGGAAAGACUUUAAUCAAAGUUCAAAUCUUAUUAUACAUCAGAGAAUUCAUACAGGAAAGAAACCUUAUAUAUGUCAUGAAUGUGGAAAAAACUUCAAUCAGAGCUCUAAUCUGGUUAGACAUAAGAGAAUUCAUAGUGGUGAGAAUCCCUAUGAAUGUAAAGAAUGUGGGAAGGCCUUCAAGGGAAGCUCAAACCUUGUCCUACACCAGAGAGUUCAUAGUGGAGAGAAGCCAUAUAUAUGUAGUGAGUGUGGGAAGGCCUUCAAUCAAAGCUCAGAUCUUAUAAUACAUCACAGAAUUCACACUGGAGAGAAACCUUAUGAGUGUUAUGCAUGUGGACAGACCUUCAGUCAAAGUUCACACCUUGUCACACAUCAGAGAAUUCAUACUGGAGAGAAACCCUUCAAGUGUAGUGAAUGUGAAAAGGCCUUCAGGCAGCGUUCACGCCUUACUGAACACCAGAGACUCCACAGUGGGGAGAAACCCUAUGAAUGUAGCGAAUGUGGGAAAUCCUUCAGUGGACGCACGGUGUUUCUUAAACAUCAGAGACUACACACUGGAAAGGAACUUGAAUGUGAAACAGCCUGCACUUCUAACUUGGACCUUCUCAAACAACAGAGAAUUCAUAGGGAAGAAAAACCUUAUGAGUGUACUGAGUGUGGAAAAACUUUCCGGGGAAGUUCAGAUCUGAUUCGGCAUUGGAUAAUUCAUACUGGGGAGAAACCCUAUGAAUGUAGCGAAUGUGGGAAAGCCUUUAGCCAGAGGUCGCACCUUGUCACACAUCAGAAGAUUCAUAGUGGAGAGAAACCCCAUCAGUGCAAUGAGUGUGGGAGGGCCUUCCGGCAGCGUUCACUCCUUGUUCAACAUCGGAGAAUCCAUAGUGGUGAGACACCCUAUGAAUGUAAGGGAUGUGGAAAACUCUUCAUCUGGCGCACAGCGUUUCUCAAACAUCAGAGACUGCAUGCUGGACAGAAACUUGAGGAAUGUGAGGAAACAUUCAGCAAGGAUGAGCUGCUUCGAGCUGAGCAGAGGAUUCACCAAGAAGACCAAGCUUAUCAGUGUAAUCAGUGCAGGAGAACUUUCCGAGGCAGCUCCGACCUCAUUAGACAUGAGGUGACUCAUACAGGAGAGAAACCGUAUGAAUGUAAAGACUGUGGGAAAACUUUCAAUCAGAGCUCGGACCUUAUGAGACAUCAUAGAAUUCAUAGUGGAGAAAAACCUUACAUAUGCAAUAAAUGUGGGAAAUCUUUUAGGGGCAGCUCAGAUCUUAUUAAACACCAUCGUGUUCAUACUGGAGAGAAACCCUACGAAUGCCCUGAAUGUGGGAAGGCCUUCAGUCAGAACUCACACCUUAUUAGUCACCAGAGAAUUCACACUGGAGAGAAACCCUUUGAGUGUAGCAGCUGUGGGAAGGCCUUCAGUGGGCGCACAGCUUUUCUUAAACAUCAGAAACUUCAUACUGGAAAGGAACUUGGGGAAUGUGAGAGAGUCUUCCAAUAGGACCUAUUCUGAUAGGUAACAGAAACCCAAUGAAUGUAGGAAAAGCCUGCUGGAGACCACAUCUUAUUGUACUGUAGAGGAUUUUUAUUGCUGAAAACCAUUUGAAGGUAGGAAAACACUGGAAGAGUCUGGCUAGAUGGAAAACAUACGAGUGUAAUCAGGUGGAAAAGCUCUUGGACAUCAUAACCUUUUUUAUGCCUCAGAGUUGACACUGGAGUAUGGUCCCAACAUACUUGAGAAUGUUUUAGGGGACUUCUGUCGUUAUUAAAAUCAUUAGAAAUCACUUUGGCAAUAAUCCCAAAACUAAAUUCUUCAUGGAAGGAGCCAGUUCAGUCUUGACAAGAGACAAGUAUAAAUCUGCUUUAAGUACUUUAGGGCGAUAAAAUCUUUCUCUGGGAUAAAUUCUUCCCCUUACAUAUAUUUUAUACAUGUUCCUCUUUUAGCUUCCUUAUAAAAAUAUGCUUAUGCAGAUGUAAUAGUGCUAAUUAGAAUGAUCCACUAAUUGAGAGGAAACAAAAAGUAAUAGAAAGGACUUGACAACAGUACCUAAAGGCCAGGACACAAGAGCCAGUGAGGUAUUCCCCAGAGAAGGAGUAGUGACUACUAGUGGUUUCAGGAAAUGAAAAGGGAAGGGACAGGAGGACAGUAAGUGUUGGGCACAGGAUUAGACUGAGUGCCAGGGCAGAGCGUUUAGGUGACGUGAGUUGGUGGGAAUUAGAAGAAAGCAACUACUGUCAAAGGUCCGGUGAGUAUAGGGAGAGGGUUCUGUCUUGAACCAAGGCUUUGUAAUUGGGCACAGCUUACUUGAGGGUUGGAAUGUCUAACAGAACUCUGAAGCAAGGUCAGUCAUAUAACCUGAUAGCUAACUUUGGUAGUUAGGCCCUGCCUGUCUGUGCAAUCAGACUCAAUCAUCAAAUAUUUCUUGUACUCUGAACUACUGGCAGAUUGUCUAUGAAUUUACAUGAGUCAUCAAAUAAGAAAGUUACUUGAAUGGGACAAUGUAAGGCAAGGAGAAUUUCAAAGUCGUAUUUUUCCUCAGUGGGAGUAGCUUGUGAGAUGCACGGAGGGGACCAGUGGUUCUCAACUGGAGUGAUUUUGUCCCCCAGGGGACAUUUGGCAAUGUCUGGAGACAUUUUGGUUGUCACAACUGGGAAGAAAAUAUUCCAAACCAGGGAUGUUGCUAAAUAUUUUAUAAUACACAACCCCCCACAACAAAGAAUUAUCUGGCCGCAAAUGUCAAUAGUGCCAUGGUUGACCAUGGAUAUUUAGAACACUAGUCACCUGGGGCCAUUUAAGCAAGUGUUUCACGGAGAUGUGGGCAGUGGCACUGCACCCCAAGGGGAGCCCAGAGUCUGAUAGAAACCUUUAGUUUGAUGAACUGUUUCAAGAAAGGCAGUCCGGUGUAGUGGAGGGAGCACAGACACAGGUUUGAAUCCUAGUACAACAUAUUGGCUUCGGGACCUGGAGCAAAGUUUGUAACCCCUCUGAUUCUUAUUUUCCUCAUUAAUAAAAUGGUGAUAGAAUAAUAUA